GCUGUGGGUGGGGCCUGGGCGAAGAUGGCCACCACCGCCGCUACCGGCAGGGAAGGGGCGCGGAGGGCGGCGGGCAUGGCGGCCGGGAGCGGGGAGGAGGAGGGUGGCGGCGGCGGCGGCGGGGAGGAGGAGAACGUGCUGUACGACCUGCUGCUCAACGCCGAGUGGCCUCCCGAAACGGAGGUGCAGCCAAGAGGCAACAGAAAACAUGGUGCAUCGUUUAUCAUCACUAGAGCAAUUACAGGUCCUGCAUUGUUUCUGCUUCGAUAUAUCUGGUACAGCCCUGCAAAGUUUUGUCUGCCAAAUGGACUGGUUCGUCUAGUUAAUAAGCAGAUAAACUGGCAACUAGUACUUGCAAGCAACGGUAAAUUGUUGGCAGUUGUGCAAGACCAAUGUGUAGAAAUCAGGUCUGCAAAAGAUGACUUUGGAUCCAUAGUUGGAAAAUGCCAAGUGCCAAAAGAUCCUAACCCGCAGUGGAGACGAGUGGCUUGGAGCCAUGACUGUACGUUACUUGCUUAUGCUGAGAGUACUGGAACUGUGAGAGUUUUUGACCUAGUGGGUAGUGAGCUUUUGGUCAUUUCACCGGCAGCAAGUUUUCCGGGAGAUCUGAGUUACGCUGUUGCUGGAUUAAUCUUCCUAGAAUAUAAAGCAAGUGCCCAGUGGUCAGCUGAAUUGCUUGUCGUUAAUUAUCGUGGAGAGCUGAGAAGUUACCUUGUAAGUGUUGGAACAAAUCAAAGCUUUCAAGAAAGUCACAGUUUCAGCUUUAGUAGCCAUUAUGCACAUGGAAUAACAACUGUCAUUUACCAUCCUGGUCACAGACUUUUGCUUGUAGGAGGCUGUGAAACAGAUGAAGAUGGAGUAUCUAAAGCAACCAGUUGUGGGAUAUCUGCUUGGAGAGUUCUAUCAGGAUCUCCCCAUUAUAAACAAGUCACUAGUUAUGAAGAUGACAUUAGAACAGCACAGAGAAGAGGAUUAUUAAGGAUUAUGAAUUUAAGAUUUUACAGCAGACGAGGAACAGAACAGGAUGGAAUUUUCAAGAUGAAUCUUUCCCCUGAUGGAGCUCUUCUGGCAGCUAUUCAUUUCUCAGGAAAACUGACAAUCUGGUCUAUUCCAUCUCUCAGACAACAAGGAGAAUGGGACCAAGCUGACCAGCCAGGUUAUGAUGAAAUCAACCCAGACUGGAGUCUCUCUAGUGAAAAAAGAAAGAAAAUAAAAGAUAAAGAAUCCUAUUACCCACUGAUAGAUGUAAAUUGGUGGGCAGAUAAUUCUGUGAUUCUGGCUCGCUGCUCUGGUGCAUUAACUGUGUCAUCAGUCAAGACAUUAAGAAACUUGCUGGGAAAGUCAUGUGAAUGGUUUGAGAGUUCUCCUCAGGUCACUUCAGCUCAUGAUGGAGGAUUUCUAAGUCUGGAGUGUGAAAUAAAACUUGUUCCAAAAAGAUUACGCUUGGAGAGCAGACCUGGUGAUGAAGAUGAGGGAGAAGAUGACUCUGACUCUGAUGAUGAGAAUUCUGCUAAGGACAGAUACUUCAGCUACCUGAAGCAAGGCCUGUACUUUGUGACAGAAAUGGAACGAUUUGCUCCACCACGAAAACGUCCGCGUACUAUUACAAAGAAUUUCCGCCUUGUUAGCUUGAGGUCCACAACUCCAGAGGAGCUUUACCAGAGAAAAAUUGAUAAUGAAGAAUAUGGGGAAGCUCUGUCUUUGGCUCAAGCAUAUGGCCUUGAUUCUGAUCUUGUCUAUCAGAGACAGUGGAGGAAAUCGGCUGUAAACGUUGCUUCAAUUCAAGACUAUUUGAGCAAAAUUAAGAAGCGUGCGUGGGUUCUUCACGAGUGCUUGGAAAGAGUUCCAGAGAAUGUGGAUGCUGCGAAGAAGUUACUACAGUAUGGCUUGAAAGGCACAGACUUGGAGGCUCUUGUGGCCAUAGGAAAAGGAGAAGAUGGCGGCAGAUUUAUCUUACCAGGGGAGGUGGACAUCGAAAUUCCCUAUGAAGACUUCUUGUCAGCAGAUGAGGAAACAGAUGCUAGAAAGGAAAAAGAGGCCAGGAAGCAUCGAGAACUGCUGUUAUCAGUAAACUUCUCAAAGCUAACACUGGAACAAAAAGAACUCUGCCGUAGCAGGCUGAAGCUGUUAAUUUAUCUUGAUCGCCUUGAAACCUACGAGGAAAUCCUUGGAGGACCUCAUGCAGCUAAACAGCACUAUGAUGGUGAAUUCUUCAAGAAGUUCAGAAAUCAGAAUAUUGUGCUUUCAGCAAGAACUUAUGCUCGGGAAAGCAAUGUCAGAGCCCUGGAAAUCUUGUUCACUUUCCAUGGAUCAGCUUUGCUUCCACACAGACAAGCAAUUCUCUCCAAUUUCCCAGAGACUACUUCACCACAUGAAUAUGCUUUCUUGUUGCCUGAAGCUUGUUACAAGCAGGGAGCAUUGAAAAUUGUUCCUUGGAAUGAACAGAAACAUCGUGAAGAAGACUGGUGUGAAAAAACAGAAUGCAGGAUGAUUGUUGAACCAACUUUACAAGAUGAAGGCGAAUUUCUCUAUGAAACACAACCAGAGUUACUGAAGUACAGGACUACUGAACUUUCGGUAGAGCUUGUGACUGAUUGGUAUUUGAGCAGAGCACAGGAAAUUGAAAAAUAUUCCAUGCAGGUGGACUGUGCUCUGUCCCUUGUUCGUCUUGGCAUGGAGAGGAAUAUCCCUGGUCUGCAGGUGCUUUGUGACAAUCUGAUCACUCUUGAGACAGUAGUUUAUGAGGCUGAUGGUGAUCGAACUUUAACUUUAAAGGAGCUAGUAGAGAUGAAGGACAUUGAAAAGCUGAGACUGUUGAUGAAAAACUCCUCUGAUGAAAAAUAUGUGAAGAAUGUUUAUCAGUGGAUGAUCCCUUUUCUCCACCGCUGUGAAAAUCAGUCCCCUGGUCUGGCAAAUUCACUCUUUAAAGAAUAUUUAGUAACAUUAGCAAAGGAAGACCUGACUCUGCCUCUGAAGAUUUUUCAGAGUUCAAAACCUGCUUGUCAGCAAAAAAUUAUACCUGAGCAAGACCACCUUAUGAUUACAGCAUUGGAAUGUAUUUAUAGUUGUGAACGAGAUGACCAGCUUGCUCUCUGUUACGAUAUUUUGGAAUGCCUUCCACAAAGAGGAUAUGGGCCUGAAACAGAUAUAACUAACACUCUUCAUGAUGCGGUAGAUGAACUGGAACAAAUUCUGAGUGUGUCAGAGCUGUUGGAGAAGCAUGGACUUCAGAAACCUGUUUCCUUUGUGAAAGACACAAAAGACAAUGCCGAGGAGGCACGGAAACUGAUGAUUAGACUGACAAGGCACACAGGUCGCAAGCAACCAUCAGUCAGUGAGACACAAUGGAAAGAAUUGCUCCAGGAUAUGUUAGACAUGCAGCAGAAAGUAUACACAUGCUUACAAUCAGAUACUUGCUAUGAGAUAUUUACAGAAAGUCUUUUAUGCUCAAGCAGUAUAGACAAUAUCCACCUGGCUGGGCAAAUGAUGCAUUGCAGUAUUUGGUCAGUGGAUCAACCAGAUUCAUCAAAAGGGAAACCACAGUACAGAGUCAGCUACAUGAGAAGUAUCGAACUAGUUCUGGCCGCUGGCAGAGAAUAUUUCAAUUCUUCAACCAGUCUGACUGAUAGCUGUAUGGAUUUGGCCAGGUCCUGUCUGCAACUUAUUGUGGACUGUCCAAGUGCUAUUCAGGAGGAGCUAGAUCUCAUUCGUGCUCUUGGCUACCUUGAAGAAUUUGGUGUGAAAAUUUUACCAUUGCAAGUGCGUUUGUGUUCAGAUCGACUCAGUCUCAUCAAGGACUGUCUUUCUCAGUUGUCAACAAACUAUAAGCAGUCUGCUAAGCUCCUGGGACUUGCAAAUUUGCUGAGGGUUGCAGGAGAUGACCAGAUGGAGAGAAAAGGUCAAGUUUUAAUCCUUUUAGUGGAACAAGCUCUCAGUUUCCAGGACUACAAAGCAGCUAGUAUGCAUUGCCAAGAGCUCAUGACUGCAGGUUAUUCUAAAAGCUGGGAAGUAUGCAGUCAGCUUGGGCAAUCAGAAGGCUUCCAUGACUUGCGUAUGCGUCAGGAACUCAUGGCUUUUGCUCUGACACACUGUCCCCCAAAUGCCAUAGAGGCACUGCUGGGAGUUAGCAGCUCAUUGCAAACCCAGAUUCUUUAUCAAGCUGUGAAUUACCAGUUGCUUCCUUCAGAAGGAGAUGAGAAUGUAAAUACCUCUAUACCUUCUUCGCUGAUCAGUAAGGAUACAGAGGAUGAAACUGCCGUCUCCUCUAGCCAGUCUGCCGAUUUGUUGUACUGGACGACAACAAAAACCAUGAAGGUGUUGUCUAACACAACUAUGACUACAAAAGCCAUGCUGCAUGCUGUCAGUGAUGGACAGUGGUGGAAAAGAUCACUAACUUAUCUUCGACCAUUACAUGGCCAAGAAUUUGGAGAUGUGUUAAAAAGUGGGCCUGCAGAAAAUGCCACUGUGGAAAAGCAAGGCUGUCAUCCAUUUUAUGAGUCUCUAAUUGCUGAUCCAUAUGUUGCAGAAUCUGAAAGCAGCUAUGGCACAUACCAGAACAAUUCUGUGGAAAGCUUUGCAGAAGUAUUGUUGAGAACAGAGAAACUGACAGAGACCAAGAGUGAAGGAAAAAACCUACUUCCAACUACAGAAGUUCUGCUACAACUGGCAAGUGAUGCUUUACCAAAUGAUACGGCAUUGUCUCUUGCCUAUCUACUUGCACUGCCACAGGUGGUAGAUGCCAACAAAUGCUUUGAAAAGCAAUUGCAUUCUGCGUUAUCUCUCCAGCUGGCAAGUUAUUACUACAGCCUGCAGAUCUAUGCUCGUUUGGCACCAUGUUUCAAGGACAAGUGCCACCCUCUCUACAGGGCUGAUCCAAAAGAGCUGAUUAAGAUGGUCACGCAGCAUGUUACUCAGUAUGGCUAUAAAGAGUGGCCUGAAGAAAUUGCAACUUUGAUAAAUCAGUUGCAUUACUACAAUGAACGACUGCUGGAUUUCACUCAAGCCCAGAUUCUGCAAGGACUUGGCAAAGGAGUAGAUGUGCAGAGGUUUACAGCAGAUGGACAGUACAAGAGAGAAACAAUACUAGGACUGGCAGAAACACUUGAAGAAAAUGUAUACAAGAUUUCUGUUUCUUUGGCUAAGCGAUACAACGUCCCCCUUUGGGAAGUUUAUAUGACCCAUCUGGAAUUUUUAUUCACUGACAGUGGAUUAUCUACGCUGGAAAUAGAAGAAAGAGCACAAAGUCUUGGUCUUUUUGAGACUUUGAAAACAAGUCCUGAAACCUUACAUGAACACAUGGUUAAAUAUGUUUACCCAAGUAUUGAAGGUAGAGAUCAUCAGCGGUUGCUUUAUUAUUUCACACUCCUUGAAAAUUGUUGUUGCUCAGAAUUUGUGAAGCAUGCUGUGAAACCUGAAACUCACAUUCGACUCCUGAAAAAAUUCAAAGCAGUUGCACCAGGUCUUAAUUACAAAAAGCUAAUAGAUGAAAACGAAAACCCUCUGGGAACGCUGGAGCCCAUACUUACAAGUCAAAAUAUCUUAUCUAUUUCCAAACUGGCUCCCAAAAUUCCUAAAAAAGAUGGCAGUAUGCUGUCACCAAGCUCUCUUUAUGCUGUCUGGUUACAAAAACUUUUUUGGAAUGGUGAUAACCAUCUUAUUAAAAAAAUACCAGAAACUAUGGAUGAGUGGUUACAUGCAUAUGAUGUGUGUUCAAAGUACUUUGAUAGACUUGAUCCAGAUGAUAUCAUCACUUUUAUUGAUGAAAUUACCUUUUCUUCAAAAGCUGUCACAAAGCUGACAGUUGAAGCCAGGAUAGAAGUGACUAAGAAGGCUAUUAAGGCAGUCAAACAUCUUUCUGAUAAAUCAAGAAAAAAACCUUCUGAGAAUGACAUGGAAGAUGCUGAAAAUCCAUCUGUUGCUUAUGAAAAAACUCUGAAUCACUUGCAGCAAUCUCUUGCUCAUCUGGAAACGCUCACUCAUAGUUUUAUCACUUACUUGAAAAACAGCGAACAGGAUGUACUACAGAAGUAUGGCUAUUUAUAUGAUUUGUCAAGAUCAGAGAGAGAAAAAAUCCAUGACCAAGCAGUAACUAUGUGUAUAGAUGGUCAGCCCCUGGACAUGAUACAACAGUUGAUACAAGUUGCUGUUGGAGAUCUAGGUCUUUCUCCCAAGGACAUUGUUCAGUGUGCUAUUAAAAAAAUUAUAUGCACUCUAAGAACAAAUGGCAGUUCUUCUAUGUCAGUGAAAGAUCCACUUGGAAUCCUAGAAGGCAUCGUUUCUGCAGUGCAUGCAAGUGUUGAAAAAGGGGAGAAAGUAGUUUCUUCAGAUGACCUCCUGGAGUGGUUGAGACCUUUCUGUGGUGAUGACUCUUUACCAGUGAAACCUCGCAUCAGAGUAUUGCAAAUACUGGAGCAAGCUUUCCAUCUCAGUGAUGAGGAUAGCAAGCUGCUUGUGUGCUUCAGGACCCAAGCUGUUCUCAGAGCUUGUUGGCUUGAAACAAAGGUAGAGAUAACAGAUAUUGAAAAUGAAGAAAAAAGGUACAAUCUCUUCCUGGGACUUCUGGAAUCUAGUCACAGUUUGUCUGAGUUUCAGCACUUGGUUUUACUCCUUCAAGCAUGGCCACCUAUGGAAAUGAGCAACAGAUUGUGCACAGAUGGUAAUCCUUGGGUGAAACUGGGGACUGCUAUGCUACAGAGAUGCCCAGCUGAGGAAAAGGAGAGCACGGGAAAUGAAAUUUUGAAAAUGUGCCGUUCUUUGUAUGACACUAAGCACAUGCUCCCUGUUGAGUGUAUAAAAGAAUUAUGUCUGUUGCUGCUUAACCAGUCCCUCUUGCUGCCAUCCCUGAAACUGCUGGUGGAAAGCAAAGAUCAAGAUCUUCAUGCUGUGGCACUGGAGCAGAUAACAACUGUUGCUAAGGUUGAUGAUUCCAAUUGUGAUGCUGAACUACUUUCCUUGCUCCUCAAUGCCAAGUUAGUGGUAAAGUGCAUGUCUACUGCCUUCUACCCUCACCUUAUUGACCACUUGCUGGCUAACCAGGAGGAAGGAGGCUGGGAUGUAGAGGAAAUAGCAAAACAACUUAAAGAAGCAGGGUUCAGUGCAGAGGCGGGGUCUCUUUUGAUGUCUCAUCGAGGAACUCAUCCUGCACUCAGGACUUUUACUACUGCUCUCCAGGCUAUUCAGCAUUGGAUCUAAAAACGUUGAAUUUAUAGAUUUCUCUGUCUUUCUUCUGGAGAUCAUCUACAAAAGGGAGAAUUUGUUGUUCCAGUGAAGUAACAAAGUUAGCUAUCAUUACCUACAUUUUGCAGAAAAUUAAAACAGCACACUAACAGUGAAUUCCUAUAUACUUGUAAUGUUUAAAAAAAUAUAUAUUGGUGUGGAGAGUGUAAUUCUGUUACAUACUAGCAAAACAUUGAAUAUGAUUAAAGUUUUCAUAAAGGAGAAGAAUGUUAAAUGAUUACACUGACAUGUAAAUGAAACAUUAAUAAUCCAACAGGUUAUAUACAAUUUGUCUUAAUUUCUGAGAAUUUACUUUUUGUCAUAAUGUAAAACUAAUGUAAAAAUACAAAGAUAUAUGGAACAAAAAAUCAGAAUGAAAAUUAAUUUCUGAGAAUUUCAAAACCUUAAAAUUUAGUAUUGUGCAAUGUUGUUGCCACAGCUUUUGUUUGCAAUAAGUAAAAUAUUUUGCAUUUAUUGUCUCUCUUUUUCUCCUUCUUAUAGAUAGCUAAAUAUUUUCUUUAGCCACUUUUUUCUGAAAUUCCUUUCUCUUCUUAGUGAUGUUUAUUCAUAGGGACAAGCAGAAAUUUUCUAUGCUUGUGGACUGUUUUAGACUUAGAGGUAUUUUUCUCUACAAUUGGGAAGCCCCAUCUCAAAUUUUCAACAUUUAUUUAUACCUAUUAUGAAUGCACUUUUCAAAUAUUUCCAAGACAUGACAAUUUCCAAAUGCCUUUCUGUCUUAGUAAGUCAAAAGGUUUCUGAUUUGUUUUCUGUGUUUUUUUUAUCAAGGGCAUUGUCUGUUUAUUACAUUGUCUGUCCUAUCAGAAGGUUUUGAAGUUCCAUGUGUUAAUAGAAAUUUCUUGUUAAAAUGAAUCUGUAAAUCUUUUCCCUAAUUUUGUGUUCAGAUCUAAUUUUGAUGUAAUAAUGCACAGAAACUUUAAACACUGUAGGAUCAUAGUAUAACACACAUUGGAAGUGAUAUCUAGGGGUUCGACCUCCUCAUUGAAAGAGUGUUAGUUUAAUGUCAGAGCGGGUCACUCAGGGCUUUAUUCAAUCAAGUCUGAAAACCUCUAAGGAUGGAAACUGUGCAACUCUACCCCAGGCAGGCUGUGUCCCCAUGUUGAAGAGCUUUUUACAUAAUACCUUCUUGUUUAAACCUGUCUUGUUUCAGCACCUGCCAGUUGUCUCUCCUUCUCCCACCAUGCACGUUGUGAAGAGCCUGGCUCCAUUGGCUAGAUAGCCUUCUUGUAGGUAUUGGAAUGCCACUAUGGGGUCCUCCAUAGCCUGCUCCCCUAAAAACAAACAAAAUUCAAAAGAAGAACUGGAAAAAAAAAACAAACCACCUUUUAGUGCAGUGAUUGCAGUUCAUAGGUGACUUAAAUGGAUGUACCACACCUGCACUACAGACACUAGUGAUGAAUUCAGUUAAUACUUGUAGUAGUCCAAAUUCAGUGUAGAUGCAAAGUGCCAGUAUAUUUUACUGUUUCCAAGCCUAGCUCAGGUCCAAGCCUUCACAGGACAUGGAGAUAAGUGCUGAGAGGUCAAGCCAGCAGAGGGAUCUCAGAACUAAAAUUUGAGCAUUAUGGCCAAUGCCCAGCUGUCUGGCACUGCCUGUGUCUCGGGCAGGACUGAGUUAAUCUCCUCCAGUGCUGGCCAGGGCUGACAUUCAGCUAAUGACCUGAGUGUCUCCACACUCAGUGCUGUGGAAAGAUUUAAAUCCUGGCAGAUAGGACUGUAGUAAUCUGCAAAGGGAGCUCAGGGUCAGGUUGCCACCGUGCUAAUAAAUAAUCUCUCUUGGGUUCCAGAACACUCUACAGGAGUUAAAGCAAAUCCUAAUGGUAAUAGAAGGAGCCAGUUCAGAUGCGGUUGCUCUGUGUUUCAGCAAUAACAUCUGAUUCUGAACUUUCUUAUUUUUAGAGUAGCCAGGCCCUUCAUUGUGCGAUGUAGUAAUGAGCUGACUAUACUGAGUAGUUUCUAAAUCUCUUUUUCCUAAAUGUCAGCUUGAAUCAUAAAGAAAGGAGAGGAGUGGGUUAAGAGCUUUAAGUAACUAUUUUGUAACAAAUUUAUAUUACUGAGUUCUCUCCUAGGCUUGAGGAUUUAGUAAUGGAUGAUGAUAUACUUGUGGAACCACAACUGACACUUAUUACCAUCAUCUUUGACUUGGGAUCUGUUUUGUUGUAUCAGCGUGAACAGACUGUGAAAAUUGCUCAGAUGUUUGCCUUGUCACCUUACUUUAGCAUUCCUAAUGAGAUAUUUAAUAGUGCUUUAACUCUUGAGAUUGUUAACUUUUUUGUACUUGCUGGUCACAGCUGUCCUUUGGUGUUUUAAGGAAGGUUAUCUCAUCCAUGUACCUAAUAUAUAUAUAUUAAAUUCAAAUGUAUAUAAUUCAGGUAUAUUGCUUUAAUUUCAUUCUCUUACACUAACAGUCCCAAGAGCCUCAAAAUAUCACAGCAAAGUAUAUUGGAAUUGCAGAGAAAAGAAAGGAAAAACUUAGAAAAUGAAAUGUAACUGGAAAUCAGCAGAUGCAGACAAACUGCAAGACAUACCUCCAGCAAGAAAACCUUGAAUUAUUCCACAGAAGAUAUUUCUAUAUUUAAUGAUGUUUUCUUUUUUGGUCUGUUUUGUUUUCAGGUUAGUCAGUAAGUUUGUAGCUGGAUUUUCUGACUAUUCUCUUUCAGGAUCAUGAAAAGUUAGUGUUUAGUGUCAGUUCAGAGCUGAGCUGUAGAUAAAGCUCUAAUGAGUGUUAUUGAUCUUCUGUCUGUGUUCUGUUUUGCUGGUGUUAAAAAUCCAUGAUAAAUGUUUUCCUUCUAGCCAGAGCUACUCCUGAUUUAUUCUGUAUUCAAAACUUGCAUCAGUAAUGAACAGUGUAUAUACAUCCAAAACUGAUUAGCCUAUAUUAGUAUAUCUUCCAAAAUAAAUCGAAAUUAAAAAAUAGAUGAAAGAAGAGGCACAUAACAAGGAUACAUGUAUCCCAGUGCUAGCUUUUUUGUAUCUUCUGUAUGAUAGAGCAAAUUUUUUACAUUUGAGGCUCUGGGAGUGACCAAGAUACACUAGCAAAUACUGUUUUGUUUUGGGAUUUUUUUUUUCUUUUAGUUAAGAAAAUCACCUUGCUAUUAACUGUAUUUAACACAAAGUAAAACCAACACAACACAAAAGAGCUGAACUGGCACUUGAGAGUCAGUUUUAUUUUGUGAUUUUUAUUUUUGUGCAAAUCUAAACUUGGAGAUGCUUAUGCUGACAAAAAUAUGUGAAUAAAGAGUUCAGUUGUAUCUCUAGGAGCAAUGCUUUCGAACGCAAUUAAUCCUUUUUUCCCUGAAAAGCACUGAUAGUGUUUGCAUCUUCAAGGAGCUUUUUGCUGCCGGUUUGUUGCACCAAAGCAGCAAAAUCUAUCACCUUCCUUGGGUGUAAAGAGAACUAGAUUCAAGAAGAAAGAUGAUAGUUCACAAUGUCUUUCUCCGCUGGAAGUCAUAAGUGGAGCCAUUAUGUCACUGCAACCAGCUACAAGAGGGGUCACUUCUGUAUUGAUAAACAAUAGCGCAAUUCAGUGGCUGGGUUGGCCACAUUUGAUUCAUUUAGUUUCCUUGUAUAGUGAUCCCUUCUGUGAUUUAUUGUUUUUGGCAUUCUGCACUGUGAAAAGACAUUGUGAGGAUGGCCAUAGAAUAUGGAUACCUUCAUCACAGGGGUAAAACUCCGACACUUGAAAAACAUGAUCAUUUUUCAAGCUUGCUUUAUUUAUUUCUACUUUCCCUUCAAAACACAGCAAUCUGGGCAAGUACGCUGUGCAAGGUCAAGUUUCACAAAGGGGCAUGCAGUUAACUAUUACAACAAAAUGGGGCUCUAGGUGACACCUUGGGCCAUUUGUUUCUGGGAAUGAAGGCAGAUUUCUGCCCUGCCAGGUCUCCCAAAGAAUGUGUGAAUGUGUUGCUUUUGCAGAAGCACAGGAUGAUUGUAAACCACAUAGGAAAUGAAGAUUUUGCCUGAUUUCACCUGUCAGUGGGGGUAGGACCUGAGCAAGAAAACUAGCUGGAGAACACAUCAGGAGCAGGACAACAUCAAUGGGGCCACAACAAUUGAAGGAAGUAGAAAUGGGAGCCAAGGCAAGGAUUUUGCUAGGGUUACAUUUCGCUGCAAAACAGAGCAAGUAACAUCUACCAGCUUACUGGUUUAUCAUACUGACCGAUAAUAGAUUCUGAAGGAAGGGAAUGGACACAAAACUAGAAGUUUUGUCUUUAAAAACAGAUUUAUUAUUGCGUCAUUGCCCACCAUGUGUGUCACACUUGCUGCUUAAAAAUUUGCAGGUUUCUACAUUCUCGCAUUUUAAAGAACGUACACAGUUGUAGUAAAGCCCUGAGGCUUGUCUCAUUUCCGUGGUGUUACGGCUUUUUUUUUUUUUCCAAAACUGUCUCAUGAUCUCUAUACUCAGCUUGUCAUAAACCUCUCUAGUGGAAGAGCCACCUCCUUUUAUACACUUUCAUUUGUUUCAAACAAUGCCUG